GAAAGAAACCCACAAUGGUACAAGGUACCCUUACUGACAACACAAAUCCUUCCACCUGGAUCAAGAAGAAUAUCUUGAAGAUCCAGUCGUCCAUUGAAGAUUCUGGCUUCUUUAAAUAAUUACAGUGGGGCAGAAAUUCUCUCAAUUGCGCGCAACAUAGUGUUAAAUCAGGACUUGCCAAGCUGUUGACACGAGUACCGUGAGACAAUUUUAGAGCUACAUUACGAAUCUAGCGAUAAAUCACGAGAUUUCACAAGGAAGGAGGGGGUGAUGGCUGACGUGCUGGAAGCUAAAGCUACAUCUGCAUAUUUCCUCUCCUUCCUCGCCUCUCCCCUCUCUGACUUCAACACGAUUGCAACCUCUAAGUUUCAACUCUCCGACAAAAUUGUUGCACUUAUCUCAUCAUGGCGUUCACUCUCCCACCUCUCCCGUAUGCAUACGAUGCACUCGAACCCCAUAUCAGCGCUCAAAUCAUGACCCUCCACCACACCAAGCACCACCAAACCUACAUCAACAUCCUCAACGCAACCCUCGCCUCCCAAGUAACAGCCUCCUCCAAAUCCGACAUUGUGACGCAGCUCCACCUUCAAACCAACCUCAACUUUAGCGCCGGCGGCCACAUCAACCACACUCUCUUCUGGGAGAAUCUCAUUCCAUCCUCCUCGCCCUCUUCCCAGCCCAGCUCAGCACCAAAACUCACCGCAGCACUCACCACUCGCUUCGGAUCCGUUGAAAAAUUCCAAGAGAAAUUCAACGACGUGCUUCUCGGUCUCAAGGGUUCAGGCUGGGGCUGGCUAGUCCAAGAUGUUGAGACUGGGGGAUUGGAAAUCAUCACGAGUAAAGACCAGGAUAUUGUCCCGGCGGGGAAGAAGCCGCUUUUGGGGAUUGAUAUGUGGGAACAUGCUUAUUAUUUGCAGUAUUUGAAUGAUAAGGGGAGCUAUGCGAAGGGGGUUUGGAAGGUGGUUAAUUGGAAGAAGGUGGAGGAGAGGUUUGAGGGGAGUUUUGAUGCGGUGUUUGGGCAGUUGGCGGGGUUGAGGAGUAGUAUCUAGGUGCAUGGGAGAUUCUGAGAUGCGGUACCUUGAUGGUUGGAAUUUGGCGGAGUGGGGAAUUGAUGAUGCAAGGGAAGGAGUUUGAAUACCUAGAAGAGGCCCAUAGAUGAAUUGAUGAUUGGAUGCGGAUCGAGUUGGUGAAACUGUCAGAGCCAACAAGGUGCGCAAAAUAUCGCAAACUCCCUCAAGUACACGUGAUGUGGAUCGAAAUGUGGAAUACCCCGAGAAACCCGCGAGAUGUUAUACGGCUUUGCCUAAACAGUAGUUCACAAGUUUCUAAGAUAGCUGUCAAAGUC